CAAAUGUCUGUAAAAUAAUUAAACUUUUGGUAUCUUUUGGUGCUGCCUAUUUGUAUAUAUUUUUCCAUUUAAAAUGUUCUUUUCAUGCUAUAUACUUAUACAAGUUAUUUUAUAGUGACUACAAACUUACACCAGUUACAUGCUACUACUUAAUUUACUUUUACAGAUUCCAUGUGACACACAGUGAUUUCACCAGAAUAAGUCAUCGAAGACAAAAGCCCAUAAAUGCAGUCAUUUACUAUCAGGAAUAAGAUUUACAGUAAUUUUGCCUCUUUGAACCAGAGCUUUUUUACAGUAAUAACCGACCACAGAAUGAAGGAAAGCUUUCUCACCUGACCUUGCAAAAGCACAUGUGUAUUUUGGCAGGUGGUUGGGGGUUAACCUGACGUGUCUCUGAUAAGACAUAUGUCUGUGCAUGUGCCACGUUGUCAAACACAGAGAGUUGUUGAGUCAACCCCUCAUUGAUUCUCUUUUUCAAAGAAGAAUCAGAGGAGGACAUCCAACCUGAGCCAUGUCCGGACUUAACGCAUCUCUCGGAUACUUUGUGGCCAUUGUGAUUUUUGCAGCCUUAGUCCGCACGCUCCUGAGAAAGUGGCCACGGUUCAGCUUCAUUUCAGAGUUUGCCUCCUCUUUCAUGCUGGUGGCAUGCUGGCUGGAGGUGCAGACCAUUGUGGAGGUGGGUCAGUGGGCCGGGGCCUUGGGUCCUGAUGUGGCGGUGACCAUGCUGUUUGGCCUGCUGCUGACCCACGGUGUCAUCUGUGGUGCUGCGUCGGGAAAUCCCAGCCUGGUGGUGCAGAAGUUCCUGCAGCUCGAGGCCUCCACCCUGCACACUCUGCUGGCUGUGACAGCUCAGUUUGCCGGGGCUCACCUGGCCCUUCUUGCAGCUGUGUACUACUGGAAACUGGAGCUGACAGACAUGCACAUGAUCAAAAACCUGAUGGCAGCAGAGUGCAGCACAUCUCUGCUGGUUUCUGUGCUUCAGGGCUUUUUUACUGAGUUUGUCUGUGCAUUUAUCCUUCAUCUCAUAUACUUGAGCCUGCAGCGCAGAUCAGCUCUGAUCCGGGUGCCACUGAUCGCUGUCCUCCUCACAUUCUUUACCCAUACAGCCAGAGGCUACACCUCAGCCUACAUGAAUCCAUCGCUGGCGUACGGACUCACCUUCCACUGUUCUGGAUUUACCUUCACACAGUAUGCAGUGGUCUACUGGCUGGGCCCUCUCACAGGCAUGACUCUGGCUCUUCUUUUGUACAUGGGUCAUAUUCCGAGGAUUUUUGCCAAGAACCUUCUAUAUUUCCAGAAGACACGUUUCAGAGUACCAAAAGGAGAAAAAGCAGAGAAGAAGAAGAAGAAGUGAAAGAUUAUCUUUAUUUCAAAAAAUCUACACUUGAUAACCAAUGCUCAAUGUCCAAAAGAUGUUUACUUCAAUUUAAUAGAACUGUGUAGAAAAUUUUACAUAUUUGGGAUGAAAAAUAAUGACAAAAAUCUAUUUAACAGAUCCUUUCUUGUCUCUUGUUUUCAAUGAAACCAUGUCUAAAGUCUUUCCCAUUGGAAUAAAAAAAA